AUGAAGUGGAUGGUGGUGGCCUUUGUCUGCCUCCAGCUCUUGGAGGCAGUAUCCAUCCGUGAAAGCAUGAAGGAGAAGGGCGUACUCGAGGAGUUCCUGAGGACCAACGAAUACGACCCCGCUCGGAAGUACCACUUCGGCGACUUCAGUACGGCCACCGGCACCAACAUCCCCAUGGAUGCUUCCUAUUUUGGCGAGAUCAGCAUUGGGACUCCACCCCAGAAAUUCAUGGUCCUUUUUGACACUGGAUCCUCCAACUUGUGGGUACCCUCUGUCUACUGCCAGGAUCAGGCCUGCACCAGCCAUUCUCGCUUCAACCCCAGUGCAUCUUCUACCUACUCCACCAAUGGGAAGAUGUUUCUCCUGGGUUACGGUAGCGGCAACCUCCUCGGCACGUUUGCCUUGGACACUCUAACUAUCCAGAGCAUCCAGAUCCACAACCAGGAGUUUGGCCUCAGCCAGAGUGAGCCCACUGCCAAUUUCAUCUACGCGGGAUUUGAUGGCAUCUUGGGCAUGGGCUACCCCUCCCUAUCUGUUGGUGGGGCCACCACAGUCUUGGAGAACAUGCUGUAUGCGCACCUUCUCAACAGCUCAGUCUUCAGCUUCUACUUCAACAAAACCAUGGGCUCUCAGUAUGAGGGAAUGGUCAUCUUUGGGGGUGUGGACGACAGUCUGUAUAGGGGAAAGAUCGUCUGGUUCCCCGUCUCUCAGAAGUUGUAUUGGCAGAUCACCAUUGAUGAGUUCAUCCUUGGCCAUGAGUACUCUGGCUUAUGUCUUCAGGGCUGCCAGGGCAUCGUGGACACAGGCACCUCUCGGCUCACCGUGCCCCAGAAUUACCUGAAUCAUGUUCUGCAGACCUUAGGGGCCAAGGAGGACUCAUCUGGACAGUAUGUUGUGAACUGUGACAAGAUCCCAUCCCUGCCCAUCUUCACUUUCAUCAUCAACGAUGAGCUGUUCCCUCUGCCACCUGCUAUAUACACCUUAAAUAACCAGGGCCACUGCACCGUGGGAAUUGAGGCUACCUACCUGACGGCUCCGUCCGACCAGCCCCUGUGGAUCCUCGGGGAUGUUUUCCUUAGGGCCUACUACUCUGUCUACGACAUGGCCAACAACAUGGUGGGCUUCGCUGCUGCAGUUUAG